UAUAAAGUAGCGCGAGCGCAGUAACUGGGGGGAAAAAAAGUAUAGGACACACAUAGGAGGAGCGCACACACACGCAUGCAGCCACAUAUCUAGCUGUACCACGGAAUACAGGCCUAUAUGUGUACAUGUACACACGGAAAGUGGACGUCUUUACAACUUAAUUAAGGAGUAAAUAUCCGAAAAUGGAGUGGGAGUUAUGUAUUUAAAGCGCAGAGGACUUGAAAUGGGCGGUCUGCUGGUGGUGUUGCUGCUGUGGAGUUGCCUGCUGUCGGCGGUUGACGGCUCUCCGCUCCUCCUGUUUGCCAACCGGCGUGACGUAAGACUGGUGGAUGCAGAAGGCGUGCGGGGUGAGUCGCCCAUCGUUGUUAGUGACCUGGAGGAUGCGGCAGCGGUGGACUUCCUGUACUCUGAGGGCCUGAUAUUUUGGACAGAUGUCAGCGAGGAGGCCAUCAAACAGACACACUGGAAUCAGUCAUCCAACUCCCUUAAAGAGGCACUGGGAACUGGGCAGACUGUGGUCGUAUCAGGGCUAGACAGUCCUGAUGGGCUGGCCUGUGACUGGUUGGGCAGGAAACUCUAUUGGACCGACUCUGAGACCAAUCGGAUUGAAGUGGCCAACCUGGACGGCACCUCCAGGAAGGUCCUGUUUUGGAUGGACUUGGACCAGCCCAGGGCUAUAGCACUCAACCCUGCUCAACGCUACAUGUACUGGACAGACUGGGGAGAGGAGCCUAGGAUAGAGCGUGCUGGUAUGGACGGCAGCAACAGGAAAGUGAUUGUGAAUGUGGACAUAUACUGGCCCAAUGGUCUGACCAUUGACCUGGUGGAGCAGAAGUUGUACUGGGCAGAUGCCAAGCUCAGCUUUAUUCACAGAGCUAACCUGGACGGAUCUGCACGUGAAACAGUGGUGGAAGGCACCCUGACCCAUCCGUUUGCACUAACAUUGUCUGAGGAGACUUUAUACUGGACUGACUGGCAGACCCGCUCCAUCCACGCCUGUAACAAACACAGCGGAGACAAAACCCGAGAGAUCCUCAAUGGGAUUUACUCUCCUAUGGACAUUCAGGUCCUGGAGCCAUAUCGACAACCUUACAUCCAGACUCCGUGUAGUGAGAAUAAUGGAGGCUGUAGUCAUCUCUGCCUACUCUCUCCAGUCCAGCCUUUCUACAGCUGUGCCUGCCCCACUGGAGUCCAGCUUAAACCAGAUCAAAAGACAUGCAAACCAGGAGCAGAGCAGGUUUUGCUGCUGGCUCGACGGACUGACCUGAGGAGAAUCUCUCUGGACCUGCCAGACUUCACCGACAUCGUACUGCAGGUCGACGACAUCCGCCAUGCCAUAGCCAUAGACUAUGACCCGGUUGAAGGUUACGUCUACUGGACAGAUGAUGAAGUCCGGGCCAUUCGACGAUCCCACAUCGAUGGCAGCAAUGCCAUGGUGCUGGUUACCACGGAGAUCAACCACCCAGAUGGCAUUGCUGUGGACUGGGUGGCCAGAAACCUGUACUGGACUGACACUGGAACUGAUCGGAUUGAGGUGACCAGGCUGAAUGGAACCUCUCGGAAAAUUUUGAUUUCUGAGAACCUGGAUGAACCCAGAGCCAUCGUCCUAGACCCUGUUAAUGGCUACAUGUACUGGACAGACUGGGGCGAGCAUCCGAAGAUUGAGCGGGCCAACCUGGAUGGAACAGAGCGGCUGGUCCUGCUCAACAGCUCUCUGGGCUGGCCCAACGGACUGGCCAUCGAUUACGCUGCGGGAAAACUAUACUGGGGAGACGCCAAAACUGACAAGAUAGAGGUGAUCAACGUGGAUGGCAGUAACAGACAGACUCUGCUGGAAGACAAGCUGCCUCAUAUCUUUGGUUUUACUCUACUGGGUGAUUACAUCUACUGGACCGACUGGCAGAGACGCAGCAUCGAGAGGGUCCACAAAUCCACGGCUGUACGAGAGAUCAUCAUCGAUCAGCUGCCGGAUUUAAUGGGGCUGAAGGCCACUAAAGUGACGGAGACUAAUGGUACAAAUGGCUGUGCGGUGGAUAAUGGUGGAUGCAGCCAUCUGUGUUUCUGGCGUCGGCAGGCUGUCAGCUGUGCCUGUCCAAUGGGGAUGGAGCUCCUGUCAGACCUGCAGACCUGCGUGGUGCCUGAGGCCUUCUUGCUCUUCACCAACAGGGACAACAUCAGGAGCAUCUCUCUGGGAACCAACAGCAAUGACGUGCCCAUUCCUCUGACAGGAGUCAAAGAGGCCUCUGCUCUGGACUUUGAUGUGUCUGAAAGGAUGAUAUACUGGACAGAUAUACAGGCCAAGACAAUCAGCAGAGCCUAUAUGAAUGGUAGCUCUGUAGAGCAUGUGAUUGAGUUUGGACUGGACUACCCAGAAGGCAUGGCGGUUGACUGGAUGGGUCGUAACAUAUACUGGGCCGAUACAGGCACCAACCGUAUUGAGGUGGCCCGGCUGGACGGCCAGUACAGACAGGUCCUGGUCUGUAAGGAUUUGGACAACCCACGCUCCCUGGACAACCCAAGAUCACUAGCACUGGACCCAGCCAAUGGCUACAUGUACUGGACAGAGUGGGGCGGUCGACCACGUAUAGCCAGAGCUUAUAUGGACGGCAGCACCAUUAUGACCCUGGUGGAUAAAGUGGGCCGGGCCAACGGACUGACCAUCGACUACGUAGACCAUCGACUCUACUGGACCGACCUGGACACAUGCAUGAUUGAGAGCACUAACAUGCAAGGCCUUCAGAGGGAGAUCAUAGUAGACGACCUACCGCAUCCCUUCGGUCUGACUCAGUACCGUGACUUCAUCUACUGGACGGAUUUUAACCUGCAUAGUAUUGAAAGGGCUGAUAAACGCAGCGGACUCAACCGCACUGUUGUGCUGCAGGGCCAGCUGGAGCUGAUGCUGGACAUCCUGGUGUUCCACUCCUCCCGCCAGGACGGCACCAACGAAUGUUCUCAUAACAACGGCAACUGUGCCCACCUCUGCCUGGCUACACCUGCUGGAGCCCAGUGCCGCUGUGCCUCCCACUACACACUGAACCCAGAUGGAAGAAACUGUAGCUCUCCCUCUAGUUUCCUGCUCUUCAGUCAGAAGGCUAGUAUAAGCAGGAUGGUUUUAGGAGAGCAGAGUCCCGACAUCAUCCUGCCCAUCCACGUCCUGAGGAACGUCCGAGCUGUCAGCUACGACCCUCUGGACCGGCUGGUCUACUGGCUGGAUGGACGACAGAACAUUCGCAGGGCCAGAGAUGAUGGAGCCAUGUCUACCAUGAUAGCAAGCAGCAGUGGUCAGCCAGUGGAGAACCAGCUUCAUGACCUGAGCCUGGACCCCUACAGCCGCCACAUCUACUGGACCUGUGAGACAACCAAUACCAUCAACGUCCAGAGGAUGGAUGGACACACCGUGGGUGUGGUCCUGAAGGACGACACCGACAAGCCUCGGGCCCUCGUGGUCAACGCAGAGAAAGGGUACAUGUAUUUCACCACAGUGCAGGAGCGCUCAGCUAAGAUAGAAGGAGCCAGUCUGGAUGGGACAGAGAGAGAGUCCCUGUUCACCACUGGUCUAAUCAGACCUGUAGCUCUGGCUCUGGACAAUAAACUGGGAAAACUGUUCUGGGUGGACGCUGACCUCAAACGCAUUGAAAGCAGUGACCUGACAGGAGCCAAUCGUAUAGUCCUCCAGGACUCCAACAUCCUCCAGCCAAUGGGGCUGACAGUUCUGGGAGAUCAUCUGUACUGGAUCGACCGGCAGCAGCAGAUGAUAGAGAGGGUGGACAAACUGACCGGAGACGGACGCACACGGAUACAGGGCCGGAUAUCAUACCUGACCUCCAUCCAUGCUGUGGAAGAGAUGGACCCACAGGAGUUUGCAUCCCACCCUUGUUCCCGUGACAACGGAGGGUGUUCUCACAUCUGCAUUGCUAAGGGUGACGGCACACCACGAUGCUCCUGUCCCAUGCACCUGGUGUUACUGCAGGACCUGCUGCACUGUGGAGAGCCUCCCACCUGCUCCACAGAGCAGUUCACCUGCUCCACAGGUGAGAUCGACUGUAUUCCUAUGGCGUGGCGUUGUGACAGCUUUCCUGAAUGUGACGACAGCAGUGAUGAGGAGAACUGCCCCGUCUGCUCAGACUUCCAGUUCCAGUGUGACAAAGGAGGCUGCAUUGAUGCUCAGAGGCGCUGCAACGGAGAGCCUGACUGUGCCGAUCACUCCGAUGAGCAGGACUGUGAAAACAUCUGCCCUCCAAACCAGUUCCGCUGUGGUGACAACCAGUGUAUCACUAAGAAACAACAGUGUGACAACUACCCUGACUGUCCUGAUGGAUCAGAUGAGCUGGCCUGUGAGUACGUGUCUCCUCCCUCCAGCGGCAUCCCAAACACAGGAACCAACACCAUCGGUCCCGUCAUCGCCAUCAUCCUGCUUGUCUUUGUGAUCGGGGGAGCUUACUUUGUCUGCCAGCGUGUGGUGUGUCGACGCUACAAAGGCCCCAGUGGGACUUUCCCUCAUGAGUACAUCAGUGGUACGCCCCAUGUGCCUCUCAACUUCAUUGCCCCAAGCAGCUCCCAGCAUGGCACCUUCCAAGGUAUUUCCUGUGGGAAGUCUAUGAUGAGUUCAGUCAGCCUGAUGGGCAGCAGCAGCAGUGGAGCUCCUCUCUACGACAGGAACCAUGUGACUGGAGCCUCGUCCAGCAGCUCAUCAUCUACCAAGGGGGCCUUCUACCCUCAGAUCCUGAACCCUCCUCCGUCCCCGGCUACUGACCGCUCCCUCUACAACACAGAGAUCUUCUACUCCUCCAACAGUCCAUCCACCACCAGAUCAUACAGGCCCUACCACCCAGUCCGCGGUGCUGCCCCGCCCACCACGCCCUGCAGCACUGACGUGUGUGACAGCGACUACACCCCCCACCACCCGCCGGCAGGGCUGGCGUCGUCAGCGGGCCGCUGGAAGGCUGCGGGACACGGCAGCCACGGCAAACACAACAAGUACUACAUGGACCUGAACUCAGACUCUGAUCCCUACCCUCCACCCCCCACCCCCCGCUCCCAGUACCUGUCAGCCGAGGAAAGCUGCCCCCCGUCCCCCUCCACCGAGCGUUCCUACUUCCACCUGUGCCCCCCUCCCCCCUCGCCCUGCACCGACUCCUCAUGACCCUCCAAUAAGCCCCAGGAGCCCUGUGAGGAAGGGAGAGAUGCAAACCACAAGAACUGGUCUGGUCUGGUCUCAUUUAGCAGGGAGAGAACUCAUGUGCCAACCUCCAGCUGUGACCAGCUCACACCUGCUGCUCUACAUCAGCUGCUCAGGCUCCAGUGCCUUGCUCAAGCUCCCACACUGGUCGUUUCAUCAUUCCAGUCAUCCUGAAGCUCUCAGGGUGACCGUCAACUUAUCUGCAGUCAGCUACACCUCUUGUCUCCCACCUGUCCUGUACAUUCUCUCACUCACGGCAGGUUGACGGUUUGAUGCCCUCGCUGCCUCGCUGCAGGCCACAGAGAAGAGACGAUGAGGGACUACAGCAAAAAAAAAAAAAAAAGAUUUCCAUUCCGUCAGUAAGAGAAAGCUUCCUUCGCUGGGCUACUUUGCUGUAAUAUCAAGACUUUCAUCAGCCCAGAUAUGAGCUGAAAUCCUCACUCACAGUGCUACUGCCUCCACCCAAACCCAUCACAUGUGCACGGGUUACCAGUAGGCGCUGCUGCUGCGUGAUGGGAAAACAUGAUGAGUCAAUUUAUUAAGACUGAAGCCAAGGCAUGGACCACCACCUCACUGACCCCCUCCAGCCUCAACGUUAUUUGUCCCUUCCUUCCUCACAGCGUCCUUGUUGGCAGACCAGCGGCAGGACUGUAUAUAGUGUUAAAAUAAUAUGAACAAAAGUAAAUCACAGAAGAAUUAUUUUACUAUUUUAUCCACGCUGGCUGAUCCACCGCUCCACAGAGAAAAAAGAACAGAUAGAUGAGAGAAUGUAUGCAUGAGUGAGUGAUGGAUGGAUGAUUGUACCGCAUGAGUGGAUGUGAAUGUUUCGCUGGAUGUUGGAAAAUUUGAUAAAUUUGUUGAUGACUGAAUGAAUAUGUAGAAUUAUGGAUGGAUGGAUGGAUGGAUGGAUGGAUGGAUGGAUGGAUGGAUGGAUGGAUGGAUGGAUGGAUGGAUGGAUGGAGUAGGGCCAAGAUCAAAGUGUGAAAUCUUUUGUACAUUGUUUUGAAAUUGUGUCCCUCACAUUUCAAAUUGGGAAUUCUUUGUAGUUGAACUCGGGGGCCUUUUUUUAUGUGGUGGACGCAAAGACAAAUCCACCAGCAGUCCGGCUUGAGCACAACCCAUCACUAUCCCAUGAGCUCACCACCUGAGAACGACAUACCAAAUGAAUAUCAACGUGUAAAGCUAUUGUACAGAAGUGUAAUGAAGUCAGUGAUUGAGUUGUGAGAAGUGAAUGCUUCUCAUUGUGAACCUGAACCUCUUCCUCCACUUUUUCUUUACUCUUGUCAUCCCGUUUACCAAAAGUAUGUUUGCUGCUAUUGUGUACAUACUAUACCAAUUACUAUGAUUUAUAAUGACACAGAAAUCCCCAGAUUACCACUCUCAUACUGACAGUAGAUCAUGAAGCUAUUUUACAGUUAAUAACAAAUUAUUCUUAUAGCGACUUUUGUUAUUCGCAUUUCUGUUUGUGUGUAGAUCAUUUAUGUAUGUUUUUACGUUGGCCGCCAUGUUUAGUUUGAAGGAGUCUUUUUGGAAAUAGACAACUGAAAGGCUGAAAGAGUUCCGGCUGAGACGUUUUAUUCAGAGCUGCUCCAGAAAUCUACUGAAGGUCUCAGUGGUGCUUCAGACCGAUCUCUCUCCAGCAACUUCUGUGUCUUUACAUCAUAAAAGUCGCGGAAACAGCGCACAUUUUCCAACAGUCAUUUGAAUGGGUCGUACACUUGAAAAGUGACACAAGUAGUCGUGUGAAAAGUGAAAAAAAAACGAAAGCUUGAGACAGAAGUUGAAACCCCGCCUACUUUCAUACCUGACCAAUCAUUGGCUGAGGGGUGUGUGAAAAAGCCUCUCAGACGUUGUUAGAUGAUUGGACAAGCACUUAUUUUGAAGCACACUGAGGCCUUGAGUAGAGCCGUUGCUCACCUCCAGUACAGUGAAACCUCACAACUGCAAAACCAAAGUCAAAGGUUUGACUCACAAGAUUUGUACUCUUUGCCCUGCCCUCCAUCUUGACAAUAUGUCGGUCCAGAGCAAAUAUCUGAAAGACUGCUCAGAUUUCUAGAUAUGCUACACAUAGUCAUUGUCCCCAGUGGAUGAAUCCUAAUGAUUAGCUUAAGAUACAUGCACCUCAUCAUCUACUAGAUGACCAUGAAAUUUAGAGGCGCUUUAAUGUUCCCAAAGGGAUGAAUAUUUGGACUUUUGAUUUGAAAGAGCACCUUAACGUGCUGCCUUCACAUUCAAAAAUGCAUUCAAAUCCAGCACCCUGUGUAUGUGACUAUGCUUCUGUGAAUUAUGGAUGGCCAUCAGAGACAGGAUGUGAAACCUGGAUUUCAAGUGUCUGAUGGCAGCCAGAAUGGAGAGUCCAAGACAACAUCACAGAUUUAUUUUUGUUCUAGUAUAUAGAGGAUACAUUUAUUCAAUUUUCACUAGAAACGGGCAGGGAUUACCAGAACCUAUUGACAGUAUAGUAAAAUUGCAGUAUAUACAACUGACAGUUGGAUUUAAUAUUUUUCAAUAGUAGUACAGUAUGUUUCCAUUUUUUUCCACCUCAGGUGAGGCCUGCUCAGAUAAAGGUUUCGUUGUAAAUUUCAUCUUUUUUAGCUUUGGGUUUGGACCUUUAUAUACUCAGCCUGUUAUCUGGAGACAAACUGUUUUCAGUGUCAGUCAAGCACUUAAUAAAUGUGUAACAUUAUCAACACAAGACACAUGCAACCAAAAAUGGGAGGACAAAUGCAUUGAGAAAAGGCAUAUUCCCUACAUAAAAGUAAUCAGUAAUAUGACUGUUGCAAGCGCCAGUCUUUAGUCAGUGAAUAUUUUAUGCCAGAACAUUUUUUAGUGUGUUUGAAGAAAAAGAAGAAUGUUUUAGCUUUCAGCUGGGCUGUCAGGAUAAAGCAGUAUAAAUCUACAUUUAGUUUCUUUCCCAGAAACUGAAAACUGUUUUAGGGUCAGAGAGUUCUACUAAAGACUGUUAUGUCAUCCACUUGAACAGUUUUUGAACAAAAGAGAAGCUUCAUCUUCUAAGCUUCAGUGUAUUAUAGUAGUGCAUAGGCCCAAAGACAGAGAAGUGUACAAACACUUUUGGAGGUGGGGAACUAUUGGAACCUGCAGUAAUCCAGUUGCUGUUGCCUGGUUCAUUCAUGUCCUGCCAGCUACGUCUGCUGGCUGGCUGGAGAUGGAUCUCCAGGUUAACAUAGCUGCAGAGAGGUCUGUAUGGAUCAGUGGGAACUCUCAGCAGCACAACUCAUUUAUAUAAAGGGCUGUAGGCCCAGCCUCAAACCACUGUGUCAGUAAAACUCCUUAAAACAAACCCUGUAUUUGUUGUCUCAGCUAAAAAUGCUUCGUGUAAUUUACACUUGUGACAUUUUUUGUAUCAAAAGCAUUUUUAUAUAAUAAAGGUUCUAUUUUAAGGAA